AUGACCUCAACCCACUUCACCGAGCCCACAACUUCCUACUGGCAAGAAAUCCUACCCUCUAACCACAUCCCCAAAGAACCCCCCUAUCAAUACAACUACUCCGCCCAUCUCCCCGACUCACGAUACCUCCUCCUCCCCAUCCGCCGCAUAACCUCUCAACCCCACCAAGCCGUCGCCUCCCUCCUCAUAAACCAAGCAUCUAUCGACGUCGUCGACGAACUCUCUUCAUUCCUCUCCGAAAAAGUAGCACCAUUUAAUCCCGAUGUAAUAAUCGGUCUUCCAACACUAGGACUAACACUUGCGCCUAUUGUAGCGAGGAAAUUAGGUUUGAAAAGAUAUAUACCCCUCGGUUAUUCCCGCAAAUUCUGGUACGACGACGCACUUUCCGCUGCAGUAUCCUCUAUCACGUCUCCGGAACUGGGUCUCAAAAAUACAUAUCUAGAUCCGCAUCUUUUACCUCUACUAAUAGGGAAGAAAUGCGUGAUAAUUGAUGAUGCGGUUAGUUCAGGGACGACGCUAAAGACGACGUGGGAUUUGUUGGAGAGGAUUGGGUGUGAGAUUGUGGGGUGUGGGGUGGUAAUGAGACAGGGUGAGAAGUGGAUGGAGAAGAUUGGGUGGGAGAGAGUUGGCAAAUUGGUGCAUGUGCUUGAGAGUCCGCUUUUGGAAGCUGUUGAGGAGGGAUGGGUUUUGAGGUCUUGA